AUGACGACGCUUGUGGCUAUUCGAACAUCGCCGCUUGACUUGAGCAUGAGCAACCAACCCGACCGCCGGACAGGCAAGCGUCUAGCGGGUGAGCAACAAACCGAGCAUCGCGCAACAAUGGUGUUGCUAACUAGAGAGGACGCAGCCGCGGAUGAUUUGGAAAUUGACGAUGACUUUGUAUUUACGCGCAAACCAAAGAAGGCGAGGACAGACGAGGUAACGGCGACGGCGACGGCAGCGCCCGUGAGGCGAUCGCCACGACACAAGCCCGCCGCCGCAGACAGCUCCAAAACCACGACAGCCACGACAACAAGAUCAUCAUCAUCAUCACAUAAGAAGGCGGGCGCGGCGUCAUCGCCAUCGCGCGAUGCGGACCGCAGGAGGAGGGAAGCGAAUGCCGGACGCGCCGCCAGUAGCCACGACCCUAGGAUGGACAGGACGACUCGACGCGCGGACGCGGAGCGAGCCAAUAAGAGCAGCUUCCAGUCACCGCCGCCGCGCGAAACGACGACGAUUACGCUGCCGACGAGCGACACACCGGUGAUGGCCCGCAACAAGGAGAUGCGCAAAAAGGCCGCCGAGGGCGCCUCGCAGUCGUCGGCAUCUUCAUCAAAUGGCAGCGGCAACGGGAGUAAUCACCGGCGCAGCUCGCUGGGGACGCGCGGUCGGCGGGCGAGCUCGCUGAUUGAGAGCGGGCAGACGGCGAUUCCUCACCGCGAUCUGGACGCGCAGGAUUUCUACAAACACAUCGCGUCGAACGGGCUGCUGGAGUCGAUGCGCAUGAAGCAGUUGCUGACGUGGUGCGGCGAGAGGGCGCUGCCGGAGAAGCCAAAGCAGGGCGUACCGAGCACGGAUCCCUCGCUAGGAGCACGCGCGAUCUUGGACGAAUUGUUAAAAGAGUUUUCGACGAGACCAGAAUUUACAAACUGGCUGGGGCGGGACGAGAGCGUGGCGCCGGCGACGAGGAUACUGAAGCCGAAUCCCAGAAACAUAGAGCUCGAUAAAAAGAGGGCUUCUCUAGAAGCGCGAAUACAAAGACUACAAGAAGAAAAGAGUGCGUGGCUGUCGAUACAGAAACCGCCUCCCGACCAGCCUCAACUAUUCCCUCCCGAUGCCGCCUCGCAAGAAACGAGACCAAAACUCCCACCGCAACUCCCCGCCCUCGACCUGCUCGACGCCGAUGAGGGCCGCAUCCACCGCUACCUAGCCGCAGAGCUCGAGCCACUGGAAGGCGUGCGCGCGCGCGCGCGGUCACGCCUGCAGGCGAUUCAGGCGACGCUCGAGUUUGAGGUCGACCACCUCGCCGACAGCGUGCACAAGCUGGAGCAGCGCGUGCGGGCGGGCGGGCGCCAAGCGGACGCGGUGCUGCGGCUGGCGGCCGCGCGGCUCAAGAGGCGCGAGGACAGGGAGCGACGGGGCGCGGGCACGCGUGAGAUGCCCAUGAUGGAGGUCCUGAGAAGUCUGGGCAGCUUGCUGCCCGAAGGAGGCGGAGCCGGCUUGUAG